ACUUCACUAGUGGAGCAACUCACUCGAGCACCGGACGUGCAACACCGGAACUUAUAUUAAAGAAAUGCCGUCGAAAUUGGAGAAUGCGACUGCGUCGCAGGUGAUGGCCCUAAAGGGUGUGGUACGAAAUAGCAGCUAUGUGAUUCCGGGUCUAUAUGAUCUGUCGAUUGAGGACACCAAUUGGGUGCUCACCUCGUCCUUUAUCAUCUUCACAAUGCAAACGGGAUUCGGCAUGUUAGAAUCGGGUUGUGUUUCCAUCAAGAACGAGGUGAACAUCAUGAUGAAGAACGUUAUUGAUAUUGUGCUUGGUGGUUUCACUUAUUGGCUCUUUGGCUACGGCAUGAGCUUUGGACGUGGACCCCUCUCCAAUCCAUUCAUGGCCAUUGGCGACUUUCUUCUCGAUCCGCCCGUUGGCGAUGAGCUCAUGGGACAAAUAUUUGCAGCCUUCCUCUUUCAAUUGUCCUUCGCGACAACAGCAACAACCAUUGUCAGCGGCGCCAUGGCCGAACGCUGCAAUUUCAAAGCCUACUGUUUGUUCUCAUUUCUGAAUACGGUGGUCUAUUGCAUACCCGCUGGCUGGGUAUGGGGUGAGCACGGUUUUCUUAAUAAUCUGGGCGCCGUGGAUAUUGCAGGCAGUGGUCCAGUGCAUUUGAUAGGCGGCGCCGCAUCCUUUGCCUCGGCUGCCAUACUUGGUCCGCGCUUGGGUCGCUAUGCCGAGGGCUAUGAUCCCUUGCCACUGGGAAAUCCGGUGAACGCGUGCAUGGGUCUCUUUGUGCUCUGGUGGGGCUGGCUGGCCUUUAACUCCGGCAGCACCUACGGCGUCAGCGGUGCCAAGUGGCAAUAUGCAGCUCGUGCCGCUGUGAUGACAAUGAUGGGCUCCUUUGGCGGCGGUUUUGUUAGCUCCCUUUACUCGUUUUGGCGCCACGAUGGUCGCUUGGACAUCAUGGAUCUGAUUAAUGGAGUUUUGGGCUCAUUGGUCUCAAUUACCGCAGGCUGUUUUCUAUAUCGGGCCUGGGAGGCGCUGAUCAUUGGAGCAUUGGGUUCGUUGCUGUGCGUGUUGGCGAUGCCGCUGUUUGAUCGCAUGGGUGUGGAUGAUCCGGUGGGUGCCAGUGCUGUGCAUGGUGUGUGUGGGAUUUGGGGUGUCAUUGCCGUUGGCCUGUUCGCCGACAAUCCUGUGCCGAUGGACACGACCAAGGGACGCAGUGGAUUGUUUAAGGGCGGCGGCUGGUAUCUGUUGGGCAUACAAACGCUAUCUGCCUUCUGCUUGGCCUGCUGGGGCAUCUGUUCGACGUUCCUACUGCUCUAUGUGAUCAAUAAGAUAGUACCCAUACGCAUGGAUCCACACGAGGAGUUGCUGGGCGCUGAUCUUACAGAGCAUCGCAUCCGGCACACGCAAAUCGGAUUAUCGCGUGCUAUUUCCGCACUGGCGCCUAUUAAGAUCGAUCUGAAUGAGAUUGUCGGGGUUCAGCCCAUUGGCAUUAAUCCGGGUCACGAGCGCAGCAUUCAGCAGCUGCGCGCAGCGGAUGAUAAGCUGCAGCAGUGGCAAUUCUACCUCGAUCAAGUCAGUGGUACCGGCAAGAGACUGGGAACACCCAAGAAAACGCUGGAGCAGCAGCAGCUGGAAUCGGAUAUAGCGAUCAACAUGAAGACAAAAACCGGCGCCAAAGAGCGAAGCGUUUUCAGCCGCAAAUCGGUUCACAUCCAAGACGACAACUGGAUCCAGGCUCAGGGCUCCUACAAACCCAAUAACAGUGAGCUGCCCUUCAAUAACCAUGUAACCAAGCUGGACAAGGAUGGCAAUUUCGCUUGGGUUGAUUAAAAGGCCACGUCGAAUCUAACGAAUUUUUUUUUUUAAUUAAAUAUAAAUCUAUUGAUGGAAGGGAUCCAUUUUUAGAAGCCUGUAAAAACAAGUGAACUUCGUGCAACCAUUUAUUGCCCGUGCCCCAAAUUUGGAGCCAAAAAACAAACUAACGCAAAUCUAAUUUAAUUAAUAUUCU